AUGCCCCUCCCCUUCGGCCUUCAGCGGCCAAAACUGGCCCACUCCCGCCACAACUUCCAAACCCUUCGCAAUAAUCCCCUUGCUGAGCUCUCCGGCGCCCUGGGCGACCUGGGCACCUUCCUCCCCCUCCUCACCGCCCUCACCAUAAACCACAGCGUUUCCCUGCCCGCAACCCUGAUUUUCUCCGGCCUCUACAACGUCCUCACUGGCCUGUUCUUCGGAAUCCCCUUGCCCGUGCAGCCCAUGAAAGCCAUUGCCGCCGUGGCCAUCGCCAAACAUUUCUCCCCCGGCGAGAUCGCGGCUGCGGGCAUCUUCGUCGGCGCCUGCAUCCUUCUCUUCAGCGUCACGGGCCUGCUGAAGUGGUUUGCGCGCGUGGUGCCGACGCCCGUCGUCAAGGGGAUCCAGGUGGGCGCGGGCCUGUCGUUGGUCAUCUCUGCCGGUGCGAGUUUGAAGACCCAGCUGAGCUGGACGGGGCCGAGCUGGGGGGACAAUUAUAUCUGGAUGCUUGUGGCGUUUGUGGGGCUGGCGUUGACGGGGAUCUAUCGGCGUGUGCCGUAUGCGCUUGUGGUGUUUGUGGUCGGGCUUGUCUUUGGGUUUGUGCUGUUAGGGGCCUCUUCGUCACAUGGGAGACUGCCGUCCUUUGGCAUUUGGAAGCCUGGUGUUUUUACGCCCGUCGGCAAUGAGUGGAGAGUUGGUAUUGUUGAUGCUGGCAUUGGCCAGAUCCCAUUGACGACGCUCAACUCGAUCGUUGCUGUUGUGUAUCUGGCUGGUGAUCUGUUGCCGGAGGUGCAGACGCCGUCGACGACAGCAAUCGGGUUCAGCGUUGCUGGCAUGAAUCUGCUAGGCUGCUGGUUUGGUGCGAUGCCAGUGUGCCAUGGCUCUGGCGGGCUGGCCGCGCAAUAUCGAUUUGGCGCUCGGAGCGGGGCGAGUAUCAUUCUCCUCGGCACCUUCAAGUUAAUUGUAGGCCUUUUUUUCGGAAACACCCUGGUUGGCCUGCUGCAGCGGUUUCCCAGAUCUUUCCUGGGCGUGAUGGUCAUUGCAGCUGGGCUUGAGCUAGCGAGUGUGGGCGAGAGCUUGAAUACGGCCCGCGCAUGGGAUUUGACCAAACACCCGGGUUCCGGGAAUGCGUCUGGGUUAGGGCGGUCCGGGAGCGGCCUGAGCGACGCUGAGAAGAAGCAGAGAUGGACCGUCAUGAUGGUCACGGUGGGUAUGCUGGUUGCGUUCAAGAACGAUGGGAUUGGUUUCCUUGCUGGAAUGGUUUGUCACUGGACCUACAGUCUUCCGGCAGUGGUUGAAAAGGUCAAGAGGAAGUAUGGAGAGGGCAGAAUUAGACUACCGGGCACUGGCAGGAGUGCUGCCUGA